AUGGCUGAAAAAGUUCAUGAUACAAUGCAUAAAGCAUUUUGGGAUGUUUUAAGAGAAGAUUUAUCUAGUGAACCACCUCGUUAUGAACAUAUUAUUAAAUUAAUUGAUGAAGCUAAACAAGAUCUUAAAAGUGUAAUAUUACCACAUCAAACAAAUAUUAAAAAUGAAAUAGAUGAAUCAAUUAAUAUUGAUACUAUUAAACGUCGAUUUGAAGCAAAAGAAGCAAAUCCUCAUGAAUAUACAAAAUAUUUUAUUGAUAGAAUGGCAAAUCUUUGUGCUCAAUCUCGAGAUGAAAAUAUUGAAAAAUUACGAACAAUUGAUGAUCCAACUGAAUGUUUUAGGUUUUAUAUUAAUUCUUAA